GGAGGCGGAGGAGGGUGGCACCAUGGGCCCGGGCCGUGCCCUCCAUGCCCGGGGGAUGAAGACACUGCUGCCAUGGACAGCCCGUGCCAACCGCAGGCCCUGAAUCAGGCUCUCCCUCAGUUGCCAGGGUCUGUGUCAGAGUCCUUGGAGCCUAGCCGAGCCAGAAUGGGGGUGGAGAGCUACCUGCCCUGCCCUCUGCUACCCCCCUACCACCAUCCAGGAGCAUCUGGUGAGGCCUCGGCUGGCAACGGGACCCCCAGAGCCACAGCCACCGCUACCACAGCCACUGCCAGCCCCCUUCGGGAGGGCUUUGGUGGGCAGGACGGCGGUGAGCUGUGGCCGCUGCAGAGUGAAGGCGCUGCUGCACUGGUCACCAAGGAGUGCCAGCGCCUGGCCGCCCAGGGGGCCCGGCCCGAGGCCCCCAAACGGAAGUGGGCCGAGGAUGGUGGGGAUGCCCCUUUACCCAGCAAGCGACCGUGGGCCAGGCAAGAGAACCAGGAAACCAAGGGGGAAAGUGGUGUGGGCUGUGACAGCGAUGGCGGCGGCGGCAGCAGCAGCAACAACACUACCACCAGUAGCAGUGGCGAGGCAAGUGCUAGGCUGAGGGAGGAGGCCCAGCCCUCUGCACCUGAGCGCCUGGCCCUGGACUAUAUUGUGCCUUGCAUGCGGUACUAUGGUAUCUGCGUCAAGGAUAACUUCUUGGGGGCAACACUGGGUGGCCGUGUGCUGGCCGAGGUGGAGGCCCUGAAGUGGGGCGGGCGUCUGCGUGAUGGGCAACUAGUGAGCCAGCGGGCGAUCCCACCGCGCAGCAUUCGUGGGGACCAGAUUGCCUGGGUAGAAGGCCACGAGCCAGGCUGCAGGAGCAUUGGUGCCCUCAUGGCUCAUGUGGACACGGUAAUCCGCCACUGUGCGGGGCGGCUGGGCAACUACGUCAUCAAUGGGCGCACUAAGGCCAUGGUGGCGUGUUACCCAGGCAAUGGGCUCGGGUACGUGAGGCAUGUUGACAAUCCCCACGGCGAUGGGCGCUGCAUCACCUGUAUCUAUUACCUGAAUCAGAACUGGGAUGUUAAGGUGCAUGGAGGCCUGCUGCAGAUCUUCCCUGAGGGUCGGCCAGUGGUAGCCAACAUCGAGCCACUCUUUGACCGGUUGCUCAUUUUCUGGUCUGACCGACGGAACCCACAUGAGGUGAAACCAGCCUAUGCCACCAGGUACGCCAUCACUGUCUGGUAUUUUGAUGCCAAGGAACGGGCGGCAGCCAGAGACAAGUAUCAGCUAGCGUCGGGACAGAAACGUGUCCAAGUUCCUGUAUCACAGCCAACUCCACCCACCUAAUGGCCAGCCCAGAGCUGCGUGGAUCAGCAGCCCCUGCCUUCAGGGCAGCCCGGGCCCAGCUGCAGCUCACUAGCCUCAGUGCCCGCUCCUUCCCUGCCACUGCUGCUGCUUCUGGCUUGCCUGCCUCUGCUGUGUGGUGUGGAGGGCACAAGCAUCACUGAGGACCGCCAACAAGGAGAGAGCUCUGCUGCCCCGUGAGCGGGGCUGGGUUGUGACCUAAGCAGUGGCCAGUGUGCUGGUGGCCUGUGUGCUGCCAUGUCUGGUCCAUUGUGUGUGGAGCUGAGAGGAGGCAGGAUUUGGGGUUGAGGUGAGUCAUGGCCUCUUGCUGGCAAAGGUCUGUUGGGGGGGCAUACUCACUCCCUCCCCACUCCUUCAGCCUGGAAUGUGAAGUGACUCCCCAACCCCUUUGGCUGUGGCACUUUAUGGACUGGGCUGCCACGGCUUGGGCAGAGGAAGGUGCCAUGAGGAGCAUGGGUAUGGAGGUCCUGCCAGCCAAGAAAUAAAAGUUUACCUCAGAGCUGCA